AUGAAAUUCUUUUAUCUGUCCAUAUCAGCUUUAGUGGUGGCCUCGGUUGUUUCACUUUCUCUGGCUGGUCCCCUUCAGCACCCGGAAGAGAUCAGCUGGGAAGAGUUCAAGACAAUCUACGGCAAAAAGUACAGCACUGCCGAGGAGGAGGCACUUCGAAGGGAAAACUUUGAACGCUCACUGAAGUACGUGCAGGAGAACCAGGGCAAACAUGGCGUCGUGCUGGGCAUCAACGCACUUUCUGAUUUGUCUGAACACGAGUUCCUCGCCAUGAACAGCGCCACGCCGCCGGUUAAUUUAACCUCUCAGACGGCGGACCACCUACCGGCGGAACUGAAUGAGGACGAGUACGCCGCGCUGCCGACGCACUUUGACUGGCGAGAGCACGCCCACUUUAAUCCCAUCGAGCAGCAGGGCGUCUGCGGGUCGUGCUGGGCCUUCGCCACGCUGGCCACCGUGGAGAUUCUGACCGCCUUUCGCCACCACACUGAAGUGCGCCUAUCAAAGCAGGAGCUGGUCGACUGCAGCUCCCAGCACUUUGACCCCAGCUACCACAACCAGGGCUGCACGCUGGGCUACCCGAAUGACGCCUACCGGUAUGUGCAGCAGCACGGCGUCUACGAGGAGGCCUUCUACGCCUACCGGGGUCUGGGCAAUGAACGGUGCUACAGUGGCAGCAUCGGCAGCCGCCACCCGAAGUACCACGUCGACGGGUACUACCGACUGGGCAAUUGGGCGCAGGAUGGGACGAUCAUGAACGUUCUCCACGGUACGGCGCCCGGCGUGGUGGUCAUCCACGGAACGUCGGACGUCUUCAAGCACUACCGCGGGGGAAUCAUGCGGAAUCUGCUGCCCGGCAGUAAUACGGUCAAUCACGUGGUGGCGCUGAUUGGCUGGGGCACUGAAGGCGGGGUCGACUACUGGAUCAUCAGGAACAGCUGGGGACAAGGUUGGGGCGAGCACGGAUACGCGAGAAUUGAACGACACCACAAUCUCGUCGGCCUGAACAACUGGUUCAGCUAUCCGAUUAUGCGCUAA